GCCCGGGCGCGCUCCCGGGCGCGCUCGUCGGCUCGUAUGCGCCUGCUCCUCUCCUUCAUCCUGUCCAGCCUCUCCAACGGCCUUCUUCCUCACCGGCAGCGGCCGCUUGGCUCGGUCGUCUUUCUCCGCCACGGCGCCACCGACUGGACUGAGCGCCGCACAUUUACGGGAUGGGCCGACCCGGACAUCUCUCGAACCGGCGCGCAGCAGGCCGCGACGGCGGCGCUCGCGCUCAAGGAGUCUGGCUUCAUCUUCGACGUGGUGUACACCUCUGUGCUCAAGCGCGCGGUGCACUCGACGUGGCUGGUGCUCAAGGAGCUUCAGCAAAUCCACAUCGAGGUGCACAAGGAUUGGCGGCUCAACGAGCGCUCGUACGGCGGCAUCACCGGGCAGACCGUCGAGCAAGCGAUCGAGCGGCACGGCGCGGAAACGGUCGCGUCGUGGCGCCGCUCGUUUGACGCGCGUCCGCCCGGCUACGAGCAGGGCCAACCGUACAACCCGUUCGCAGACGAGAGGUACCUCCGCUGGCAGGGGCGCGGCGGUCGCGUCUCGCGUGUGCUCCCUCCAGACUCGGAGAGCCUCGAGGACGUGGCGAGGCGGACGAAACCGCUGUGGGCGAGCGGCAUUGCGCGCGAGGUGCGCGAGGGCAAGUCGGUCCUCGUGGUCGCGCACGGCAACUCGAUCCGGACGAUGAUGCAGGCAAUCGACGGCGUGGCGGACGAGGACGCCGCAACGCUCGAGGUGCCCGUCGGGAUCCCGAUCGUCUACCGCUUCGCGCAAGUCGACGGCAAGCUCACACCCCAGGCGCCCGACGCGGUCGCGGAGUGUCUCGCCGACUUCGCGCCCGGCAGACCGCCCUGCGUCAGCGCGGACUUCCUUGCCGGCGAAGCAGCGCUCGCAAAGGCCUUCCUCGAGUCGCGUCGCGCCUCGCUCGACCGGUACGGCCUCGGAGGCGACCGCGCGAGCGGCGGCCUCGACGGCUUCGGCGAGCUGGUGGUGCCCGCCGGCUCGUUGCCUGGUUUGGAGGAGAACGCGGGAAGCUACUUCCGGCACGAGGGGGGUGGGGGGGCGGAGGAGGCGGGGCAGGAGGAGGAGGACGACAUAGAGGUGGCGGCGGCCGUGGCGGCGGUGGAGGCGGAGCUGGCGGCGGUGGCACCGGCGAUGGAGGAGGAGGCGGGGCCGGCAGUCGCGCCCGAGGGCUGUGGGGAGGGGGAGGGGGAGGGGGAGGGGGCUGCAGCUUCCGCCGCCAGCGGGCGGUGCGAGUAUGCGGUGGCGGAGGCGGCGGAGGCGGCGCGGCGGGCGCUGCGCGCUCGGCAGCGGAGGCAGCGCGUCAUCAUCAUCCGGCACGGCAAGACGCGGCACAACCAGCUGGGCCUCUUUACGGGGCACGGCAUCGCGGUGGACGUGGUGUACACGUCCUGGCUCUCGCGUGCCAUCGAGACCGCGUGGCUGGUGCCCGCGGGGCCGGAGAGAUGCACAGGCGCGCUCACCGGCCUCUCCAAGAAGAAGACAAAGGCGCGGCGCGACUGCAUGGAGCGCACGAUCCCGUACUGGACGGGAGUGAUCGAGGCAGAGGCGAUCGAGUCCGGGCGGAGCGUGCUUGUGGCCUCGUCGGAGAAUGCGAUCCGCGGGCUGCUGAUGCACCUCCUCGGCAUCCCUUCGGGGCGGAUCGCCGAGAUCGAGAUCCCGACCGGCCUCCCGCUCCUCUUCGACCCCGAGAGCUGCCGGCAGCCGCCGGGCGAGGCGUGCCGGACCGCACACCUCUUCUUGUCGACCGACGGCCGUGCCCCUCCCAGGCUCUCGCUGCUCGAGGGCUCCGUCGACGCGCACAACUUCGGAAAGGGCGGCGCCGAGCUGCUCUUCGGCUGCAUCCCCGCCGACGAGGACGCGCCGCCGCCGCAGCCGCGCCGCCGCCGCCGCUGGCGCAGGCGAGCGCAGGCGCUCCGGUGGGGCAGAGAUUAGGGUUUGGGUCGAGGGGGGGUUGGGAGAUAGAGCUCCGAGCUGCCGGGUUGGUGCCCCCCGUCGCGUGAGGGGGGGGGGCGGAUACAUGAGUGCUCGACUGAGCUCAGAGGGAGGGACGGUGCUGUGGCGCGGACAGCCGAGGACUACGUAGGUCACGGAGCGGCGAUGAUUUUUUGAGUGGUGUGGAUACACAGAGGUCACAGAGUCUAGGUCUCCGAGUGUCCGAGACUGAUUGAUGAGUGAUGUACGGCUUUACGGAGAGUAUACGUAACAC